AUGGGUUUAGAUCAUCUAGAUCUGUAUUUAAACGAAACAUUACAGAUCCCAGCUCAAACUCAGCCCAUCGGAUCCGAUGGGGAAUUCGUCGGAAGUUCCCGGAAACCUAACCACAGGAUUCCGACAGGCGGCUCUAGAUGUUGGAAAGUGUUGGAUUCUCCAGAAUUCCGCAGUAUCGUGAUCAUUCCGACAUUCAGAACCGCCUAUCGGAAUCCUGUGGUUAGGACGCCGGCAAACUCCGACGGAAUCCCAUCGGAUCCGAUAAAAUCCAGUUAUUUUUCCGAUGUAAUUCUAUAUAACCCGACACGAUCCGCCAGUCGGAUUGAAUCACCUGGGGAAGCAAAAAGGCGUUGUACCAGAAUUAGAAAGCCUCCUGAACUGAAAUCUGCGACUUUGAUCGUGUUUAAUACAACAUAUACGCAAUAUUUUCUUUAUGAAAACGUGAUAGAGGAAGAAAAGUGA